AUGCCAAGUGUGGAUAAUGUAUUACGUGACAUUGCCGGAUGGAAGUACAUUAUUAAAACAGAUUUGAAUCAGGCCUAUUAUCAAAUCCCGCUAGCAUCCAAGUCCAUGAAAUAUUGUGGAGUGGCGACUCCAUUUAAAGGAGUCAGGGUAUAUACACGCUGUGCUAUGGGUAUGCCAGGAUCCAAAACCAGUUUGGAAGAAGUUAUGUGCAGAGUUCUAGGCGACCUUAUCCAGGAAGGCUGUGCUUCGAAAAUAGCUGAUGAUCUCUAUAUUGGGGGUGGAAUACCUGACAGUGUCUUACAUAAUUGGAGUCGCACACUUGAAGCACUGCACAACAAUAAUCUACACCUAUCAGCUAGAAAGACCAUAGUCUGUCCCAAAUCUACUAAUAUUUUGGGUUGGAUUUGGUCAAAUGGCACAAUUAAAGCUAGCCCACACAGAAUUGCUACCCUCUCUUUAAUUGAUCCACCUAACAAUGUCUCAGGUCUGAGGUCAUUUAUUGGAGCAUACAAAGUCCUCAGCCGCGUCCGUAAAGGCUAUGCUGACCUCAUUGAUCCUCCGGAGCAGGCAACAGCUGGACAGCAAUCAGCUAGCAAAAUCAACUGGUCUGAGAACCUAAUAGACUCAUUUAAAACUGCUCAAUAUGCACUACAAAAUUGUCAAAAGAUUACAGUACCAGGGCCAAAUGACCAAUUGUGGAUAAUCACAGAUGCCUCCGGGAAAAACAAAGGAAUUGCUGCUACAUUGUACUCCUCUCAACAAAAUGGCAAAUUACGUCUAUCAGUUUUUUUCAAUGCUAAAUUGAAGAAACAUCAAAUUGCAUGGCUGCCCUGCGACGUAGAAGCUUUGUGUAUAGGGGCAGCAGUAAAGCACUUUGCUCCUUAUAUAAUACAAUCAAAACAUAAAACACAGCUUUUGACCGAUAGUCGACCUUGUGUCCAGGCUUAUGAGAAAUUGAGACGGGGUGAGUUCUCUGCUAGUUCCAGAGUUACUACAUUCUUGUCCACAUUGAGCCGCUAUAUGAUAGAUGUUCAACAUAUAGCAGGAGUCUCAAAUGUACCUACUGACUUUGCAAGUCGACAUCCCUCAGAAUGCUUGGAUCAAUCCUGUCAAAUUUGUAAGUUUUUUGAAGAGUUGGAGAGUUGUGCAGUUAGUAAUCUGACUGUAAGUGACGUUAUUGAAGGGUCGGUAAAAAUGCCUUUUACAAGUCGUGGGGCCUGGUUGGCCACUCAGCAAGAGUGUUCUAGCCUAAGACGUACUCAUUCACAUCUUAUCCAAGGCACCAGACCCUCAAAGAAAUUGGUUAAAAUUAAAGACGUAAAACGCUACCUGGGAGAUGUCACUGUGGCCAAUGAUGGUCUUCUUGUAGUGAGAGAUACACAACCUUUCCAGCCUACCAGAGAACGUAUUGUUGUCCCGAGGAGUGUCAUUGAUGGCCUGCUCACUGCAGUUCAUCUUCGCUUCAAUCACCCCUCCAAACACCAAAUGAAACGCCUGUUCAGCAGAUAUUUCUUUGCCUUAGAUCUGGACAGAGCCAUUGAAGCAGUAUGUGCUUCAUGCCAUCAUUGUCUAUCCCUGAAGAUUGUACCAACACAGCUGUGUCCUCAGUCAACAUCAACACCACCAAACCACAUAGGCAGAUAA